AAUCUAGUUUGGGAUCUUCCACGCGCUAAUGCUGCGCGUAAAAUUUCAAGAUCCUAACGGCUAGAAAUUAUAAAACGGCUACCUUCUUUUUCCGAUUUCACUUUUCAUCAUCAGUCAUCACUCGCUCGGUCUCUCCUCAAUUUUCCUACUACUAUUUCCUCCUCUCCUCCUUUUCACUACUAGCAUUUUCUCCAGGGAAGAACAGUGGUUUCCUACCACAAGAAACUCUUCCGCCUCCCAAUCCAAGAAACCAACGCCACCGUUUCAUCUUCUUUCUGUCUCUUCGGAAUCGCAUUCAGAAAUUUCUCGGAUUAUAAUCGUCAGAGUUUAUAAUUUGUGUGUUUCUUUGAUUGGUAAAUCGCAUUCUUGGAAUUCAAGACAAGGGGUGGUGUAACUUUCCUGAGAAAGUGAUUUCCUUGGCAAUUCAAGAAAAGGGUCGAAACUUGAAAGAAUUGGCCGUCAAAGGAACGGUGACAAUGUGGUCCAACGACAAGAAUUUUCCGGCGAGAGGGUUCUGCACUCCACAACCGGCGUGGAAGAAGACGCAUUCUGCAAUUAUGCCGAUGUCAGAGAGGAAGAGAAUAUCGCCGGUCAAUAACGGCGAUCUCUUCCAUGUCAUACACAAAGUGCCCGCUGGCGACUCUCCUUAUGGCAGGGCCAAGCACGUUCAGCUGAUAGACAAGGAUCCUAGUAGGGCCAUUUCCCUGUUCUGGUCAGCUAUUAAUGCUGGUGAUCGUGUUGAUAGUUCUCUGAAAGACAUGGCAGUCGUGAUGAAGCAGUUGGAUCGAUCUGACGAGGCUAUUGAGGCCAUCAAAUCUUUUCGUCAUCUUUGCUCUUAUGAAGCUCAGGAAUCUCUUGACAAUGUCCUUAUUGAACUGUACAAGAGAUCUGGAAGGAUUGAAGAAGAGAUUGAAAUGCUUCAGAACAAACUGAAGAACAUUGAGGAAGGACUAGCAUUUGGCGGAAAGCGGACAAAGACUGCCAGGUCACAAGGCAAGAAGGUUCUAAUUACAAUUGAACAGGAGAAAGCAAGGAUAAUUGGGAACUUAGCUUGGGCAUUUCUCCAGCAACAUAAUUACGGGAUUGCUGAGCAACACUACAGAAAAGCUUUAUCUUUGGACCCAGAUAGGAAUAAGCAGUGCAAUCUGGCUGUCUGCUUGCUGCACAUGAGAAGGAUUGCAGAAGCAAAAGCUCUGCUUCAGGAGAUAAGAGAUUCGUGUGGGAGAAAACAGAUGGAUGAAUCAUAUGCUAAAUCUUUUGAGCGUGCCAUUCGGAUGCUUUGUGAAAUAGAGUCGCAAUCCACGCCAGAACCAGUGUCCCAGGAACCAGAUAAGAGAAAGGAAAUCCAGAGAUUUAAUGCAUCUUCUGAAAACUGGAGAAGUUCUCAUGAGAGCCCUUGUGAAAGGCCUGGUUACUGGGGGAAUUCAACACGCCAAGAGGUAACUUCUGCAUGCCAGAGAACAUAUGCCUCACCUGCACCUGGUAAAAGGAAUGCAGAAGGUUUACUUACUCAACCAAGAAGAGGCUCAUGGAGAUUCACUAAUGUAGAUCAGAGGGGAGGAUGGGGAGAAGAUGCAGUUCGCAGUUCAGUUCGCAAACUACAGUUUGACCAAACUAUAACCACUGAAAAUUUAGGUUUGCAUUCAACUCAGAAUCUUAAUGGAGAUCCACUGGCUUCACAAAAUGAAAAGCCAGGACUUGGGCUGCAAAAAUCUGCAGUUGCACUGCCUUCACCUACUAGAGAAGACUGGAGAAGGUCCUGGAGUGAUGUUGCAAAAGUGAGAGAAGAUGAAGCAGUAGAAUAUCUUCGACAGCCUGGGAAAGGAGAAGGGAAUGAUAGGUAUGCCCAAGUAGAAAACCGAGAGAAAAAGCAUGCAUCAGGAGUUCUACUAACACAACCAAGAAACAUUCUGUCAAGGCCUCAAAAUGGAAACCAAAAAUGGGCAAGAUGGGAAGAAAACACAGUGGGCGGUUCCAUUCACAAUCUAUCAUUUGAGCACACUACAACAGAGCUCUCACAUUCAUCCCAGAAUCUUGUUGGAGAACCAGUGGCUUCAACUAAUGAAAAAUCAGAAACUGGACUGGAAAUAUCUGCAGUUGUUCCCAAUAAGAAGAGCUGGGCAGAUAUGGUUGAAGAAGAAGAAGAAAUGUUAAGUGGAAAAGGUCCAAGCACAAAGUUUGAUGGUUUUAACUGUGAAGAGGAAUUCAAUGAUGAAAAUCUGAAUUCAAACAUAAUUUACAAGAAGCCUCUUUUGCAGAAUCAGAUUGGAACUCUUGAUGCAGCUGUUAAAGAGGCAUUUGAUGUGGCCUAUGACAACAUAUAUGCAUUUCAUCUUGCUCAAAAAUCAGCUGAGAAAAGUGUUGAGAACAUGAAAGGGGUUAAAUGCAAAAGGAUGGCGAGGAGUAUUGGUUCUGUUGGUCUUUAUGUACCUGGGGGAACUGCUGUUUUGCCUUCAACAGCUCUGAUGCUUUCUGUGCCAGCACAGAUUGCUGGGUGCAAAACUGUUGUUUUAGCUACUCCCCCAAGUCAGGAUGGCAGCAUAUGUAAGGAGGUGUUGUAUUGUGCCAAGAAGGCUGGUGUGACUCACAUUCUUAAAGCCGGAGGAGCUCAGGCCAUAUCUGCAAUGGCCUGGGGUACAGAAUCUUGCCCAAAGGUUGAGAAGAUUUUUGGACCUGGAAAUCAGUAUGUAACUGCAGCAAAAAUGAUUCUCCAAAAUAGUGAAGCUAUGAUUUCAAUUGACAUGCCUGCUGGACCUUCAGAGGUUUUAGUCAUUGCUGACAAACAUGCCAGUCCUGUCCAUGUAGCUGCAGAUUUGCUUUCUCAGGCUGAGCACGGUCCUGAUAGUCAGGUUGUUCUUGUAAUAGCUGGUCAUGGUGUGGAUAUAAAAGCUAUUGAAGAAGAAGUUAAUAAGCAGUGCGACAGCCUUCCAAGGGCACAAUUUGCUUCAAAAGCACUUAGCCACAGUUUCACUGUAUUUGCUCGUGAUAUGGUGGAGGCAAUCUCCUUCUCAAAUUUAUAUGCUCCUGAGCAUCUGAUAAUCAAUGUGAAGGAUGCUGAAAAAUGGGAAGGUUUGAUCGAGAAUGCAGGUUCUGUAUUCUUGGGGCAGUGGACACCAGAAAGUGUAGGGGACUAUGCAAGCGGAACAAACCAUGUCCUUCCAACAUAUGGGUAUGCAAGGAUGUAUGGUGGAGUGUCUCUGGAUUCUUUCCUCAAGUACAUGACAGUACAAUCUUUGACAGAGGAAGGUCUUAGAAAUCUUGGCCCAUAUGUGGCAACCAUGGCUGAAGUUGAGGGUCUUGAAGCCCAUAAAAGAGCUGUGACUCUUAGACUACAGGAUAUCGAAGCUAGGCAGGUUUCCAGUAUGAGGUAACUGCAUUCAAACGAAGGUCAGAAAACUUCUCUUGUAUUGGUUGUUAUUCUUGUUGAUGGCUUCAAUUGACUUAAUGCCAAUAGAAAACUAGGCCACAUUGCUGUUACUUCUCAAUUUGUUUGUUAAUGUAACAUAUAUAUUGUGGAACACUAGUCAGGCAGUGUUGCAAGUUGAAUUUGCUCUUGAUUUAUUUGAUUGACUCAUUAUGGAAGAAAUCUUAGAAGCAUUG